AUGCAUUGUAAAAUCGCCACCCUCGUUCUUCCAGCUCUCGUAGCUGCCUAUUCUCAAAGCGGCUCUGCGCCAGACCCAAGCCAGAUUACUAUUCUCGAUACUUCGUACUCUGGUAACGGAUGUCCUCAGGGCUCAGUCUCCACUAGCAGCUCGCCUGAUAAAACUGUGAUUACCUAUGGCUUCGACCAAUUCCAGACGUACAUCGGGCCGGGCACCGUACCUGCGGAUCGCAGUAAAAAUUGCCAGAUUCACUUGAACCUCAAGUACCCCGGGGGGUUCCAAUAUGCUGUUGUAGAUGCGACGUAUCAUGGGUUUGCGCGGCUGGAUGAGGGGGUUACAGGGACGUUUAUUACAACGUAUUAUUUCUCGCAGGAUGCGGGGAAGACUCAAACAACCCGCAUGACAGCCGUCGGCUCCCCUGCCCUUGCCCUUGGCCAAGUCUACACCAAGCAAGACACUGUCGAAACCACGGCCACCAUCUGGUCACCCUGUGGCACUACCGGCAUCCUUAACAUUAACAAUCGCAUCUCGCUGACCAGCAAGGCGGCGAGCCAGGCUGGCGAAAUGUCAAAUGAUGAUGCCACGGUUGCGUUUACCCAGCAGUUGCAUGUGGCGUGGAAGAAGUGCGAGCCGGGUGCGGGUGGAGGGAGUGGGGAGAUUGGGGUCGGCAUGGGGACGCCGAGUUCAGAGGGGAGGUGGGAACGGUAG